UAUCUUGACCGCCGCCAAACACCCCACCAGCACAUGUAACCACUUGCAACCCUUCUCGCAUACCACCCUUCAGCUCGAGCACAUCCGCCCAACAUGGAGGAAAUCGCUUCGGAAUACGACGUGGUCGUGUUGGGCACUGGCCUGACGGAAUGCAUCCUCAGCGGCGUCAUGUCGGUGCGCGGGAAAAAGGUGCUGCACAUGGACCGCAACGACCACUACGGCGGCGAAGCAGCGUCCGUCAACCUCGAGACGCUCUUCAAGCAAUACGGCAACUACCAGGCCGGCACGGAGCCGUGGAAGAAGUACGGCCGGCCCAACGACUGGAACAUCGACCUCGUUCCCAAGCUGCUCAUGGCCAACGGCGACCUCACCAACAUCCUCGUCAGCACCGACGUCACCCGCUACAUCGAAUUCAAGCAGAUUGCCGGCUCCUACGUCCAGCAAGGCAACGGGCCGCGCGCCACCGUGGCCAAGGUGCCUUCGGACGCCGGCGAGGCCCUGCGCAGCCCGUUGAUGGGCUUGUUUGAGAAGAGAAGAGCGCGGAACUUCCUGACCUGGGUGGGCAACUUUGACGAAAACAAUCCCAGCACGCACAACGGCAUGAACCUCUCGCAGACGACGAUGAAGCAGGUCUACGACAAAUAUGGGCUCGAGGCGACCACGCGCGACUUUAUCGGCCACAGCAUGGCCCUCUACCCCACCGAUGAACACAUUAACCAGAAAGGCAUGGCCAAGGACUGCAUUGACCGCAUUCGGUUGUAUGUCAACAGCAUGGCGCGGUACGGCAAGUCGCCAUACAUCUACCCGCUCUACGGCCUCGGCGAGCUGCCCCAGGGCUUCGCACGGCUGUCAGCCAUCUACGGUGGCACGUACAUGCUCAAUGCCACUGUGGAUGAAGUCAAGUACGAAGGUGGAAAGGUGUCGGGCAUCAAGGCAACGAUGAAGGAGCGAGGAGAGGAGGGCGAGGGGAUGAAGUUUGAGACAAAGUGCAAGAAGAUCCUCGCCGAUCCGAGCUACUUCCCCGACAAGGCGAGAGUGGUGGGCCACCUGGUCAAGGCGAUCUGCAUCCUGAAUCAUCCCAUCGACAAGACCGACAAUGCCGACUCGCUACAACUCAUCAUUCCGCAGAGUCAAGUCGGGCGACGACAUGACAUCUACGUAGCCAUGGUCUCCUCCACCCACAAUGUCUGUCCCAAGGGCUACUACAUUGCCAUUGUGUCGACCAUUUCCGAGAGCGGGGCAAACCACCAUCUCGAACUGCAGCCCGGCCUGGAUCGCUUGGGCAAGAUCGAGGAGCAGUUCAUGGGCCCGCCGAUCCCCAUCUACGAGCCGCUGGAGUCGGGCGUGAAUGAUCAGGUGUUCAUCUCGAGGAGCUACGACGCGAGCAGUCAUUUCGAGACCAUGACGGAUGAUGUGCGGGAUAUUUACCGUCGGGCGGAGGGAGAGGAGCUGAAGGUGGAGGGGUUGAAGGAUGGUGCUGGCUUGCAGUAUGAGGAGUGAGUAGAGCAACGCACUGUAGUUCCGGGGUUUUACGGAAGAUUGGUAGGUUAGAUAGCGACAGCGUAUAACAAACGCAGUUAUUUCACAA